AUGGCAGAUGUUCGAUCGCUUCUCAAGAAUGAGCGAGUUGCUCGUCGCAUACAACAUAAACAUGCUGGUUAUUCAACUGCCGGUAAUCUAAUGUGCCUCGUCUGUCAUUUACAAAUGAAGAGUGAAUCAUUAUGGGAAGGACAUUUACGAUCACCAGGGCAUAUUUUACGACUCUCAAAACAACAAGAAGCAGAACGUGAACGCAAUGCGACAGCGGACACAAACAGCAACGAGGGAAAUAGUAAAAAGAGGAAAUUGGACGAUGAAGAUGAGGAUAUGGAUAUGGACUAUGGCACCUUAAAAAAGCGUAGUAAAGCUACACCUACUGCUUUGGAAGGAUUUUUUGUUCCAGCAGAGGACUCAUUAAAAGAAAGAUCCGAAUCGCCUUCAAAAUCCGCGAUACCUCAUGAUUUGCAAAUUCCUUCUCGUCCUGCAACGCCAGCGAAACCAACCAAAUCACCGCCUCCAAACAAACAAGCUAAUGUGGAUGAAGACGAAUGGGCUGCAUUCGAAGCAGAUAUUGCCGCUGCGGAUGUUCCAAUAGAAGUCGAAUCAGAGGCUGUCAUAUUUGCACCGGCAAUGACUACCGCGGAAGUAGAAGCUCGAACAGCCGAAGAAGAGAAGGCGCGGAGAAAGGAGAAGCUCGAAGCUGAGGUAGAGGGAGAUAAAGAGGAUGCAAGUAGAAAGUUGCAAGAAGAAUUUGAGGAAAUGGAAAGCUUAGACCAGAGAGUGAAGCGGCUCAGAGAGAAACGAGAAGCUUUGAGGUCGAAAGAAAAGGAAGCGAUCGCAACGGUACCAAUACCAACAGAAGAAUCUGCAGCCAAUGAUGUAUCGGAAGGCGACGACGACGACGACGACGAUGACGAUGAGGAUGAUUGGGAUGGAUUCAGGUUAAGAUGA